UUUCUUGAACCUCGCAAAGAGGACCGGUUCCGAUUCGGCUACUUCUCGAAAACCGUUGAAGAAUACUCGUGAUUAAAACGAGAUUACGCGAGGAAUAUUAAUACGAAAGUAUCGUGGCUACGCGACGAUAAUCCUAUAAUCUUGGACUCCCCGUCCUCCAUUGAGCGCCACUGAUCUUCCGAUGCACCAAGUCCUCCACUCGAUCGCGAGUUUAUCGGUCAGUCCGGUGGCAGGCGCGUAUAAGACGGUAUAAAAGACCGAAGCGGAAUAGACGCGCCGACAAGUUUGAUAUCGGGACUGCGUUGGAUCAUUUUCGAGACGAGAUGCGUCCCACCGAAUUGAUCGUCCUGCUGUCCGUGGUGCUCGUCUCGACGAUCCUAAUCGAGGCGCAUCCCUUGGCCGAUCUGAUCGAGCAGCAGCAGAACGUGCAGGAAGCGGAAGGGAGGGCAGUCGUGGGGAAACAGGCUGACUCGUCCUCCAGCCAAGAAGAUAGCAGUAGCGAGGAGAAAAGGGCGAAGGGUAAGGUUAAGAGGGAGGCGGGCGAGGUCGUGCAGAUUUUAACGGAGGAAGGGGAACAAGUGCCCGCGAGGUUGGAGAGAUCGGCCAAGAAGAAACGGAACAAGAACGACAACGACGACGACGACAGCAGCAGCAGCAGCAGCAGCAGCAGUAGCAGCGAUUCCAGCGAUGACGAUGACGAUAAGAAGAGGUCGAGGAAGAAGAAGAAGAAGAACGACGACGACGAUAGCGACGAUAGCGACGACGAUGAUUGCAAGAGGCGCAAGAAGUCGAAGAGGAAGGGCGGUUGCAACGAAGACAGCGAUGACGACGACAGCGAUGACAAUGAUUGCGGGAGACGCAAGAAGUCGAAGAGGAAGGGCGGUUGCAACGAAGACAGCGAUGACGAUGACAGCGAUGACAAUGAUUGCGGGAGACAUAAGAAGAAGAACAUGAACGAGGAUGAUAGCGAUGACGAUGACAAGGAUGAUUGCGGGAGACGCAAGAAGAAGAAGAAGGGCGAUUGCAAUGGCGACGGUGACGACGGUGACGACGAUAACAACGGUAACAACGAUAACAAUGGGACCGACGAUGAUUGCAAAAAUGGAAUAUGCAUAAGAAAGUACAAGAGGGAUGUUGAUGCACAGGACAAUGAUUCGACGAGCAAAUCCUCUUCCGAAGAGAAGAAUAAACCGCGGCAAUUGUAACUGGUUAAACUCUAUAAAAAAAAAAAAAAAAACCGAGUAGUGGCGGUCUCUUUAACGUAGAAAGCGAUUUUCAUCACUUUAUUUGGAAUACGAGAAAGUUGAAGAGGGCUAGAGGCGGAAACGCGGACGAACGUCGUAAUUUACGAGGGGAAAAAUGCGGCGAAUGAGGCAAUAUGUAUUCUGUUUAUUACCAAUUGCUCGUUCGUAGAUAACGGAAAUUUAGAUAAAAAAAAUAAAAAAAUAAAAUAAUAUAAAAUACGUUGCAUCAGUUAUUUCAUCAUAAAUAACGUGUAUCGUAUCAUCGUUUUUCUAUAUUCUAUCAAUGUAUGUAUUUAUGACUGACGUUUUUCUUCUUUAAAAAAAUUGCUAUGAUAAAUAAAGCGUGCCUUUAGAUUAA